AUGUCCUCCAACGUCGGCCUCACAACCCCGCGCGGCAGCGGCACAUCAGGCUACGUGCAGCGCAACUCCGCCCUCCUCAAACCCCGCAACACAGGCUACGGCGCCCCCUACCCACCCAUCAGCGGCGCGAACGGCAGCGGACCAAUGGACCGACCCUUCAAACAGCGUGUACCGGACAAGCAAAUCCUCGAGCACGACCGCAAGCGCGCGAUCGAGGUGAAGGUGAUGGAAGAGCGGGAGCGACUUGAAGAAGAGAAUGAGCGGAUUGAAGAAGAGACUGAUAAGAAGAAGGGGAAGAGUGGAGUUAAGAAAGAAGGUGGUGAGGAUGGCGAGACGGAUGAGGGGGAGAAGGUUCUUACUGAAGAGGAGAUUGAUGAGCGGUGUGAUACUCUUCGACAGCGGUUGUUGAAGGAGCUUGAGGAGGAUUUGAAGCGUGGGGAGUCGGGCUUCAAGAAGCCUUUUGCUGGGGCUGGGAAUGGGAGGGAUAGGCGCAAUCUUAAGUCUUAUCAAGUUCAUGAGCUUGCUGAGGCGAAGAUUGAGGAGACGGAGAGGUUGCGCAGGGCUUUUGGGUUGAGAGAGGAUCGGGAGACCGGGGAGAUUUCUAGUUCUCGUGAUUAUCGGGAGAAGAGGAGGGAUUAG